AUGAAACAUAUGUAAAAAUGAAUUAGUAGUUCGUGACAUGUGUUAGGAACAAAAUUAUGUUCUAAGUUUGUUUUAAAUUUAUUUUUAUGUUUUCUAGAUAGUAGUUGAUAUUCAAAUUUAAGUAAUCAAAAUGAGGGAAAUCUGUCAUAUCCAAGCUGGCCAGUGCGGAAACCAGGUUGGCUCCAAAUUCUGGGAGGUGAUCUCAGACGAACAUGGCAUUGAUCAGACUGGAAACUAUCAUGGGGAUUCCGAACUCCAGCUGGAGAGAAUCAGCGUUUACUAUAACGAGGCCAUAGGUGGUAAAUAUGUCCCUCGCGCAGUUUUGGUGGAUUUGGAACCAGGGACCAUGGACGCAGUCAGGUCUGGGAGCUUUGGUCAGAUUUUCAGGCCAGACAACUAUGUCUAUGGACAGUCUGGUGCAGGAAACAACUGGGCGAAGGGACACUACACAGAAGGCGCUGAGCUCGUAGACGCUGUUAUGGACGUUGUGCGUAAGGAAGCCGAAGCGUGUGACUGUUUACAAGGAUUCCAGAUGACACAUUCUUUAGGAGGAGGGACCGGUUCCGGUAUGGGAACACUCAUCAUCACCAAGAUCCGCGAGGAGUACCCAGACAGGAUCAUGAACACCUUCUCAGUCGUACCCUCUCCCAAAGUGUCCGACACGGUGGUCGAGCCUUACAAUGCCACCCUUUCUGUUCAUCAGCUAGUCGAGAAUACGGAUUCUACCUUUUGCAUUGACAACGAAGCUCUUUACGAUAUCUGCUGCCGUACCUUGAAACUAUCUACUCCGACUUACGGUGAUCUGAAUCAUCUGGUGUCCGCCACCAUGUCUGGGGUCACCACAUGCCUCAGGUUCCCUGGCCAGCUCAACUCAGACCUGAGGAAGCUCGCCGUCAACAUGGUACCUUUCCCUCGCCUCCACUUUUUUAUGCCAGGUUUUGCGCCCCUCACCUCCAGGAGCUGCCAACAGUAUCGAGCCACUACCGUGCCAGAACUCGUGCAGCAGAUGUUCGACGCAAAGAACAUGAUGGCAGCCUGUGAUCCUCGCCAUGGCAGGUACUUGACAGUAGCCGCCAUCUUCAGAGGAAAAAUGUCGAUGAAGGAGGUGGACGAGCAGAUGCUGAACGUGCAGAACAAGAACUCCUCCUACUUCGUCGAGUGGAUACCCAACAACUGCAAGACAGCGGUCUGCGACAUACCUCCAAGAGGUCUGAAGAUGUCGGCGACUUUCAUUGGCAAUUCUACUUCUAUAAUGGAACUAUUCAAGAGAGUUUCAGAUCAGUUCAGUUCAAUGUACCAGAGGAAGGCAUUCCUUCACUGGUACACCGGCGAAGGCAUGGAUCAGACAGAGUUCACGGAGGCAGAAACAAACAUGAUCGAUCUGAUAUCUGAAUAUCAGCAAUACCAAGAAGCGACGGUCAGCGAGUCGAACAUAUAUGCAGAUGACGACGAAGAAGAUAUUCCACAGAACUAAUGGUAGCAUGAGAAAAUUAAAUCACUGUCUAAAACUGUUUUUAAAUAAAGUCAAGUAAAUAAAUAAAUACAAUUUACAGAAA